GCUGCUUUUCUUUGUUGGCCCUACUUGUUUCGUGUCAUCGCCCGCGCCGACCACGCCCGCACCUCUCGUCUGCACUCUGCGACACGCGCGCCGCACACGCUCGCCUCGACGCCUCGCGACGCCUGACCGAACAAUUCAGCCCUGCGCCGGUCGUGAUCGCAUCGCGUCGGCUCGCUUCUCGGCAGAAUCAAGGAUCCGGCGUACCUGGGAAUCUCGACUCCGCAAACUGUGGAAACCCAACGACGAUUGCGAGACGUUGCGAAGCAAACACUGACGCGCCCGAGCUUCCCUGAACUCCUGCAGACCACCGCUUCUUUGCCCUUGCGCUCAACCUGGGACGACUGCUUUGCCGACGCCCACCAAAUUCCCCGAGACGACCACUCUACCACAUCCGCCUAGCUUCCGUCCAAAUUGUGUGAAAUGGGAGGAUCGCUGUGACGCAACAGGCAAUCAUCGCGGAAGAUGGUGGGAUGUGAGCCAUUCCGGAGCCUUCGAGACAGCACACCCAGCCGCCAGGACCAUGGCAAGCAAAGAUAGCCCAGAGGGCUUUCGCUCUAUCAGCGGACAAGCGGAGACUGCAGAACCGAGCUUCAAUGGAGGGAAUAGCAACAAUGGGAGUGGAUCGAGUUCUCAGACGGCGUCCAGAAAAUCCUCGACCACACAAUUACGACAGUCGACGUCAGCAUCGUCAACUGGCACUUCGACUGUGCCCACAUUACGAAAGUCUUCCUCCACGAAUCUCACGCCAAUUAUUGCAUCGCCCGCACCUGGAGUGAGUCCGCGCACAUCGAGAAACACCUCACCGAUCCGCCAGGACAAGCCACUUACUGCCACGAAUUCCUUAUCAGCACAGCCGUCGGCAGCAGCGCUUCAAAGAGCACUAUCAGCAUCGAACGUGCCACAACUCCAGCACAAACCAGCAACAGUGAGCGACGCUGUAGCAAAGUUAUCCGGUCGGGCACAUAAAAGUGCGACUGCUUCCGGAGACACCACGCCUCAAUGGCCGGUCUCACCAAGGAUCAAGUCGCCUCCGCCUUCAGGCCCCAAUUCACGACGUGGCUCUGCAGCUGCACAGCAGAGAAGGCCAGAUUCUUCAGCCAUGCCGAGCAUUCAAAUAUUGAGUGCAACUCCACAGAACAACAUCGCAGCAAUAACGAGCUCUCGCACAGCUAGUACCGAUAACCAGAGGCCUGAUGUUCAGCUGCAGCCGCCGCCACCACCCAAAACAGCGCCACGUGGUGCGAGUGGCAAAUCGACUUUGGAGACCGUGCAAGAGAACAUAACCGAUAGUCAGGAUCCAAGUCCUGCAGCCGUGCAGGCAGCUGCUGACUUGAAGCCGCUUACGAAAAUCACUGGUGAGGAGCCCAAAACAUCACCCACCAAAUCUGAGAUUCAGCCGGGCGAGAGCGGAAGCGAGAGUGCUGGCAACAAGAGCGACUCCAAUAACAAGCGCGGACGCCGGCAGUCGACUGGCGCAAGCUCACAUACAGCACAUAGUCAACCGCCAGCUGCUAAAAAGGCGCAGCUACAGCAUAAACCGAGCCAUUCUAUCGGGCCCACUGCCAAGGAACGACAGGCUGCGGGCAAGCAGAACAUGACGGUAGAGACCGAAACAGUGCAAUCGAUCCCGCAAUCUCAGCUCGCUCCUGCAACUGACAGAUCAGCUUCGCGCAUCGAAAGUGGCGGCACUGUGAAGUUGAAGCCGAGCAACGAGACGAUUCGGCCCAGGAAGGAACGGAAGAAGGCUGCGCCCAAGACAAGAAGUGUCAAUCAAGGAACGGCAACUUCGAAAGCGGACCUGUUCGAGGCCCGGGUGGCGAGUGCUGUAGAUGAAGCGAAUACGUCUGAUUCGGACGAGACUUUUGUCUAUGAGUCAAACCCACCAGAGCAACCGCGGCGGCAUCGACAUCAUUCGAGAACUCCGAGCGUAACAUCUUCCCACAGCAUGGCAGAGCAGCAGAGAGGCCCGAUUCGAGCCUACAACGACUCCUUUGACGGACCUAGAGUGGCCGGAAAGCGAAGUAUGAAAUUCUCCACCAAUCCUACAAAUCCCUAUGGCAUGGACAGCCCGGACAGCAGGAACGGCACUGUUCGCAUGCACACUCCAAAGCACUUUGGCAAGUUCGGAAGGAGUGGGAACCAGGAACAAGACUCUCCCUAUACGCAAGCCACCAAAGUUCGCAACAAUCACCUUGUGCAAGGACGAUCGAGGCCGACAUCUCCUCGGAGUCCGCAGAAUAUGCAGUUUCGGGGCGCUAGUUUCUUCUCAAACUCGAGAAAGCAGGAACAACCCUACGACUUCGAUGCCAGCCAGAAUGCGGAUGACGAGAGAACGCCACUCAUGGGACAUGGCACAGUGCGAACACCGCGACGGCAGCAAUACCACCCACAUCGCUUUGCGAACAGCUCGACUCAUUCGCUUCCGAAUUACUAUCACGAAGAUGACGAGGCACGGGGCUGGUGUGGAAUUAAGCGAUGGGGCGGGUGCUUCCUGACGACUCUUGUUCUUAUUCUCGUCGUUGUUUCGGCUCUCGGCUUCGUGUUCGCAUCGAACAGGCCUCUUUACGAUGUCAAAGUGCACAAAAUUCACAAUGUGCUAGCCAGUGAAACGGAGUUGAUGCUGGACUUGCUGGUCGGCGCAGUCAACCCGAACACACUAGGAAUUUCUGUCAGCGAGUUGGACGUGAACAUCUUCGCCAAAAGCAAACAUGUUUCGAAGCCAAACACGACAGCACCAGAUGCGCCCGAGAUUGCCAGGCAGAUGCGCUACGGAGUGCGUGCAAGUGGUUCUGAUGGAAAGAAUCCCAAUCCUAUCCAGGAUCCUGAUGGGCACUGGCACGCUCCUGGCGAGAACACGCCGGAUGCUGAUCCCGAAAAUGACGCACAGACACUGCUUUUGGGCAGAGUCUUCCACUUUGAUCAAGCCUUGAUGUUCGAGGCCUCGCCGAUCAAGCAGCAUGAGCAUGUAUCCUCGGGACAGCUGCGUUUGACCAAACCAGGCAACAGGACGGAAUCCCGUGGGAGUGCCAAGUGGGAGGAAAUUAUCCAAUACCCCUUCGAGCUCAUCGUCCGAGGGACACUCAAGUAUCAACUACCAAUAUCGUCUCGGCUACAAAGUGUGGCUAUCGGAGGCAAAGUGGUCGUGCAUCCCGAGGAGGAUCUCGACAGUGAUGGCAAUAUGAAAACAAUGCCAGUGGAUCACUCUGAGAAAUGGCAAUGGAUAGAGUGGCCCGAAGAAGAGGAGGAAGAUGGCGGCAGGAUUGAAGAAUUGAAUUAGUGGGAGCAGGAGGUUGAUGACUCUUGGCUACACAUUGAUUUUCACAUGUCCAAUUUGCAUAUGCUUGUUGCAUUUUUCUCUGUUUUCUGUUUGAGCGUUUCAGCGAAAGGACAAGCCCCAUGCUGGGAGUAUCAAAGCGAGCGGGAUUUGAAAAAGCUAUGGCAUCUUAAGACCAAGCGAGGAGUCACGUAUCCAUGGACGUUAUUUGGUCGGUGCACCAAAAGAUGGGACUGGUGGGCUUCUGGCGAGAAGACCCGACGGCGCGACGCCAGAUCUUUUCCUUUAGUAUGAGACUGACGUAUUAUGGCACGAGCCUGUGAAAGUGGGUAGCAGAUUGAACAGGGGCCAG